CUUCUACAGCUAAUUGUUGUUCAAAAGAAGGAUGUUGUAGAAAUAAUAUCAAUACAGAUAAAACAAGUUCAAAUAUAAAUUUAGAUAUACCUAAUGAUGACCCAAUUUGUCAACUAUCAAAUCAGCCUUGGAAAUAUAAAAUAAUUGCUUUAUUAUGUGCCAUGUUUUUAGCAAUGGGCAGCCAUUUUGCUGCUCAUACAUUAGGUGCCAUGAAAUCCACAAUUAAGAAAGAAUUUGGUAUUAGUAAUUCUCAGUAUGGAUUAAUUCAAUCUAGUGUAUCUAUCGUGAAUACGAUUCUACCAUUGAUUGGUGGUAUCUUUAUUGAUGCAUUUGGAACGAUUCCAGGUUCUAUUUUAACUACCAUUUUGAUUACAUUUGGUAAUAUUCUAGUAGCUAUUUCAACCUCUACUACGAAUUUAUAUAUGAUGAUAUUGGGACGUAUUCUAUAUGGUAUCGGCAGUGGUACAGUAGUUAUCGUUCAAGAAACCAUUCUUAGCCAGUGGUUCCAGGGUCGUAGUCUUGCAGCUGUAAUUGCAUUUAUGUUAACUAUCAGCAGACUGUCUUCUUUUUUAGCUCAAGCGACAGUCGUACCUAUUGCUAAAUGGACAGGCUGGUACGGUUAUGGUUUUUGGCUCUCUGCUAUGUUGUGUGUAUUUUCAUUAUUUGUGAAUCUUAUCUAUAUUAUUUUAUUAAAAAAUGUAACUACAAAAAAUCAACAAAAACAUUGUCAAGUACAACACACCAUUGUUAAACGCAAGCGAUCAUUUAGUUGGUCUAAGCUUAUGUACUUGCCUCAUUCUUACUGGUUAAUUGCUUCUAUGGAAUUUUUAUUAGGUGGUGCAUGGGGCUGUUUUCUUCACAUUAAUAGUGAAUUAGUUAAAUUCCGAUUUGGUUAUGAAGAUGAUAAGGCCGCUGCAGUUGCUAGUGUAUCUCAAGUAUUACCAAUCUUUAUAAUGCCAUUCUUGGGAUUCUUUGUCGACAAAUAUGGCAAACGUACUUGGUUAAUGAUUGGGAGUGGCCUGACAUUCUUGAUGUCAAUUUUAUUACUUGAAUAUACAAAUUUGCAUCCUAUUUUAGGCAUGAUUAGCUUUAGUAUUAGUUUAGCUUUAGGCCCUGUCUCUUUAGUGUCCUCUAUUCCUAUCAUCCUUCCUCUUUCCUUAGUAGGCACAGGUAUGGGUCUGGUUAAAUCAGGUACAAAUAUUGGCGCGUCCCUUUUUGAUAUCAUGACGGGUCUCUUACAAGAUCAUGAUUCUAAUAAGGGUUACAAAGGUGUUAUGAUCUUCUUUAUCUUUAUUGCUGGUUUGUCUAUCUUGUCUGGCAUUAUUCUCUUUAUCUUGGAUAAAAAGAUGUAUGAAAAUGUCCUGGAUGCAUGUAAGAAGCCUAGUCAUAUUAACAAUGGUGGUAAACGAUUCUUGAUGAAUCGCAAGUUAAAGAUCAAUUAUCUUUAUGCAGGCAUUUAUAUUGCUUUGGUCAUGACAAGCUGGAUUUUAUUUUUUAGAUUUAUAUUUGUUUAAAUAUUUUUAUUUUUUAUUUUAUUUUUAUUUUUAUUUUUUUUUCUUAAUUUAUAUAUGUAUACGUAUUAUAUAUUCAUACAUACACACACACACACAUAUAUAAACAGAAAUAUGAAGGAUAUAAAAG